AUGUCGUCUAAUAUUCAUACAUCUCAAACUUUCACAUUUCAAGGGAAGACCCUUCAAGAAGCACUGGAAGAAGUCGCCAUGGCUGUGCCUAUGAUACUAGCUCUUACAAUUGCCCCGGCUUUGUUGGGAACACAAGAAGCAAUUCGGCAAAGUCAAUCCAAAAAUAAACGGGAAGAGCACCGCGCUCGUCGCUGUAAUCUUGUGGUAUCUUGUGUCAAGCAAUCGAUCCGAAGUCGGGACAUAAACGGAAAGCUGGUUGUUCUUAAAGAUAAUAAGCUUUACAUAACUACCGGUGCUUCAUCCGCUGAAGAUGGACAAUCAUCCACACCGGACAGUGGACACCCAUUCGCGGGAUACUACUUGCCAUACCCCGACAAAUCAUAUGAAGGUCUCGUCAGCACCAUCAGCGACGACCCUCCAAUGUUGAACUGGAUAUAUGUCGACAAGGACACAUACGAAGUCAAGUACGGAGUCCGUGCCGAUGCACAAGCACACCUUACAGGACCCUUCGAUUGCACACGGCAGGACCGGCGCAUGACCUUAGAAGGCUGGGAGGGUUUCGCAGCAGUUGAAGAAUUCCCCGGUAUAUGGGCGUUAUACUUCGAUCGCGAUGACGAUGGGCUAGUCACAAAAGUCCCAAUGGGAACUAGAGUCCUGGAAGUUGAAUUGACGCGACGGGAAAAGAAGGAGCGCAAGCCAGACCCGAACGCGGCACAGACUUUAGACGAGAAGAUGAAGCAGCACAAGGAGCAGACACAGAGGGAAGAGGAAGAAAAGCAAGAAAUGAUGCGCCAACAACAGCAACAAGCUGAUGCGGAGGAGCGAAGUACGCAAGAAUCGCAACAAAAUCGCGCGAAAACAGCAGAUCAUGAAGCAGAGGGUACUACACAAACUAGCAGUGUCCCUUUUGACUUGGGAAAACUACAUCUUGAUCCCGCAUCUGCUGCAGGGCAGUCAUCAGGUCUAGCUCCUCACUCGCCUAGUGUGGCAACCGAUAAUGUUUCAUUCUGGUCAGCAGCGAGAAAGGCAGAUGGUCUUAGUGAUACCGCGUCCGUCACAGCGGCUAGUUCCGUUAUCGAUAGACUCGACACCCUUGAUGAGGUAGCUGAUGGACCGGGGCAACUUGGGUAUAAAAGGCCAUAUGUUGAAGACGAACCAAUCUCUGAGAGAACGGGAGAUGAUGUAAAUAAUUAGGUAUAAUAGGUAGACUUGUAUAUAGAGCGAUAGAGCUGAUCAGCGAGAGUUGGGUGGUAGGACCUCUUGGCAACAUUCGACUGCCAAAAUGAGACCCGCUUCACAAGAUAGACCGCUCUUCAUAAGUGUAUAAUUGAAGCUAUCACAAAACCUUUGGCUUUCAUAACU